AGAAGAAGAAGAAGAAGAAGAAACGGGAAGAAGAAGAAAGAUCAAAUAAGAGACACAAUCAGCUGAAGAUUUGAGCCCUGAUGGCAGUGUCCGCACGCAGGACGGUGUUGUCCCUCUACACGCGCGUGUUUCGGAUCGCUCGGACCUGGCAGGCACAGAGUGGCGUUCAGCACGACACGGAGACCGAGAGGAAGUACAUUAUGCAAGAGGCCCGCACUCUUUUCCGACAAAACCAACAGCUCACCGAUCCAGAAUCAAUCAAGCGAUGUAUAGAAGAAUGUGAAGCAAGGAUAGAAAUAGGUAUACAUUACAGAAAUCCGUAUCCAAGACCUAUGCACAUCCCCCCGCUGGGACUGGCCACUCAGAAGGGCAGGAAACUGCGAGCCCAGCAGCGCCUCUGGAAGCAGGCCAAGCCAAUUUACUUGCAGUCACACGAUGAGACCUGACGGCUGAUAUCCUGGAUCCUCAUCUGGAGUUCAAAUUACCAAGGACAGGAAGCUGCGGUGCCGUCAACAUUCUGGACUGAGGUUCUGCAAGCAUUUACUGCAGGAAGAACCAGUAGCCAUUAAGGAAAAAGAGUCAGCAAGCUUCAGUGACAGAUUGGGUUCAGCUUAAGGGUUCUGAUCCGUGUAGCCGAUCAUUUAGAUUAUUUGAUUUAUUAUGAC